AUGAAUGGCAACCCUAUGUCGGUGUUGUUCUUCUUUAAGGGUGACGUUGUAAAAACGCCAAGCGGAGUAAGGAAAAAAUUUAACGGGAAGCAAUGGCGUCGUCUCUGUUCUAAAGAGGGCUGUACAAAGGAGUCCCAACGGCGGGGAUUUUGUUCGCGUCACUUAUCCAUGAAGGCAAGUCCCGAAACCGCGUCAUUUUCCUUGUAUCUAUCUGAGCAGCGCAUCUUUCAGUUUAGAAAGUGGCUGGGUAAGGAGAUGCGAGCCUUCAGCUAUGCGGCUGCCACAGCGGCUGCGGCUAAAAUGUUUGCAAUGAGUGCAGCUCGGCCACAGCACCAAUCGCCCCAUCAACUCCCCACAUCGUCCACCGACUCAUCACCAGUGAUGCGGGACUUUGCUUAUAACUCCUCUUGCGGCUACGGCAGCACCCCAAGGUCCAUACCAAGUAGAACUAAAGUUCAUCCUACGUCUCCGAGUGCUCUACCAACGCCGUUGGACCUCCUUCCUGUUUUGUCACACGCCAACCCUUGGCGCCCCUCACCGCCAACAGAAAGGUCCUAUUUCGGUCCCGCACCCGCACCCCCACCACCUCCCCCUCCUCCUCCUCCAGCUCCCUCUUCUCCCACUGAGGGCACCAACGCGACUUGCUGGACAUGUUAUCCGACUGCUGCUGCUUCUUCAGCCUCCAACAACAGCGUCCUGCUGUCCGUUCACAACCCGAACACCUCCCCAGUCAAGACAGCUAGCAUUCCGAACUCCGUCGACGCAGUCACUUCGGCGUUUUUCCAACCCACUGGAAGUGGCGGUGGCGGGGACCUCCCUAGUCAACCCAUAACCGCUUGUCCUUAG